CACACCAGUCGACUACGUGCUGGAAUUAGAAAGAAAAACCAGCCAGCCGGCCGCGAUUCUGUCGUCUGGAAACGCAUUGAUUCGGCGAUGACCAAGCACCACCAGCACCUGGGUUUAAGCUUCCGCCAUGGCGCCGAGGAGGAGCGCUGGGUCGACGACUCCUCCGUCGACCACCGCGGCCGCCCGCCCCUCCGCGCCGCCACCGGCUCCUGGAAGGCCGCCAUGUUCAUCAUCCUGAUCGAGUUCAGCGAGCGGCUCAGCUACUUCGGCAUCGCCACCAGCCUCAUGAUCUACCUCACCAAGGUGCUGCACCAGGAUAUGAAGGUCGCCGCCGAGAACUCCAACUACUGGAUGAGCGUCACCACCCUCAUGCCGCUCCUCGGCGGGUUCCUCGCCGACGCCUACCUCGGCCGCUUCCGCACCGUGCUCUACUCCACCGUUGUCUACCUCCUCGGCCUCGUCCUGCUCGCGGUGGCGCAGCUGACGCCGGGCCUUAGGCCGGCCGGCGGCUCGGUGCCGCGGAUCCACGAGACGCUCUUCUUCGUCGGGAUCUACCUCGUGUCCGUCGGCACCGGCGGCCACAAGCCGGCGCUCGAAAGUUUCGGCGGUGACCAGUUCGACGACGGACACGCCGGGGAGCGGCUGCAGAAGAUGUCCUACUUCAACUGGUGGAACUGCGCGCUCUGCUCUGGGGUCCUGCUCGGGGUGACCGUCGUCGUGUACGUCCAGGAGCGUGUCGGAUGGGGCGCCGCCACGGUGCUGCUCGCUGCAGUCAUGGGGUGCUCCCUCGUGGUGUACCUCGCCGGGUGGCGGACGUACCGGUAUAGGGUGCCGCAGGGCAGCCCGCUCACGCCGUUGCUAAGGGUCGUCGUGGCCGCCGUCAGGAAGCGGCGCCUUCGGCUGCCAGCCGACAUCGGCGACCUGCACGAGGAGGAUGGCGGCAAGAAGAGGCUGCUCUGCCACACCGAGCAGCUCCGGUGUCUCGACAAGGCGGCAAUCGUGGAGUAUGAUGGCGAGGGGCGGCGCGGGGCGUGGCGGCUGGCCACGUUGACGCAGGUGGAGGAGACAAAGCUGGUGGUGUCGAUGGUGCCCAUCUGGGUGGCCACGCUCCCGUUCGGCAUCACGACGGCGCAGGUGUCCACCUUCUUCGUCAAGCAGGGCAGCGUGAUGGACCGCCGCAUGGGCCCCCACUUCGUGCUCCCGCCGGCGUCCAUCUUCGCGCUGGCCGCCGUCGCCAUGAUCGCCACCGUGGCGCUCUACGACAAGGUGCUCGAGCCGUGCCUGCGCCGCAUGACUGGGACGGAGCGCGGGCUCAGCGUCCUUCGGCGCAUCGGCAUCGGCAUGGCGCUCGCCGUGGUGGCCAUGGCCGUGGCCGCGGUCGUCGAGCGUCGCCGCCUGCACUCCGCCGCCACCAUGUCCGUGUUCUGGCUGGUGCCGCAGUUCGCGCUGAUGGGCGUGGCCGACGGGUUCGCGCUGGUGGGCCUGCAGGAGUACUUCUACGACCAGGUGCCGGAUUCCAUGCGCAGCCUGGGCAUCGGGCUGUACCUGAGCGUGAUCGGCGCCGGGAGCUUCCUGAGCGGCCUGGUGAUCGCGGCGGCGGACCACGUGAGCUCGCACGGCGGGCGGCGGCCCGGGUGGUUCGGCAAGGACCUGAGCCGGAGCAGGCUGGACCUCUUCUACUGGCUGCUCGCCGCCGUCUCCGCCGUCAACCUGGGCUUCUACGUGCUCGUCGCCGCCCGGUACUCGUACAAGCAGACCGUCAAGGCCAAGAGGGUGAGCGCCAGCGACGUCGAGUGCGCCACCGCCGUCGCCGCAUAACCAAGUAGUAGUACUAGGCAGGGAAGAAUGAUCGAUGCCAAUGGCAUUGCAUCAUCGUUCGUUCUAGCAUUAAGGGAUUAUUAGGAUUUGUGUUCUGCUUUGUGAUCGAUCGUUGUGUUGCGUAUUCAUUCAAGUCGAUGUCUGGUCUGGUGUAGCAUGUUGUGGAGUCUAGCUUCUACUGUAGUACCUGUUGAUCAUCAUCUUUUUUCUUUUCUUUUUGGGAUUCGAUCACUGAUCAUCUGUAGGUUCUCUCCAAGCGUAGAAUGAUUCUCAUGGCUUCAAACGUGAGCACAAGAGCAUAAA